UGUAGGGAUCCGGGAGGGCUUGGUCCCUUGGUGGUUGUCAGCAGGUCUGGAUGAGCCUCCUGAAGUAGUGCCCCGGAGGGAAGACGAGUCUGGGCUGUGGAAUUGCUGUGGUUGGUUAGACUCACGUGGGUUCAGGUGUCUACGCCCCAGACAGCCGAGACUAGCUAGUGAGGGAGCCCCUCGUGGGCCACUUUUUGUAAUUUUAGGGAGUGCCCAUCUUUUACGUUGUUGUGGGGGAUUAGCAGAGGUCACCCUUGAAUGUCUGGAGAAGAAAAGGUUGAACUGUGCAAGCCUUCAUUCUCAAGGCUAAGUUUAGAGUUUGAGGUCAAGGUUGGCAGAAGCAAAGAAGUCCAGUAUCUGGGCAGGGCAAGGUCAGACAUCUGGAAAGUGUAAAGCAUCCUAGGGCUGUCUGAUGAUUAUGGCAUCAAGAAACGUCUGGUAUAUAAGAAGUAACUUUCUCUUUGGUUCAAGAUGUUGGAUGAUCCGAUAUUCAGCAGAAAUCUUCCUCAAAUCAAUUUCCUGCAGGCCUUUUAAUGUGAAAUGUGACAACAAAAACACCCAGCCUUUGAAAAAUGAGGACUUGCUGAACAACUUACUGACUAUGGGAGUCGAUAUUGACAUGGCCAAGAGACGGCAGCCUGGAGUUUUUAACAGGGUGGUGACGAAUGAGCAACACCUGAAGAUGUUCCUUCUAUCCAAAGGAGCUAGUGACAAAAUGAUUGGCAGCAUCAUAUCAAGAUACCCACGAGCCAUAACACGCACUCCUGAAAGUCUUUCAAAGCGGUGGGGUCUGUGGAGAAAGAUUAUGACAUCAGACCUUGAAAUUGUAAAUAUUCUGGAGCGUUCUCCUGAAUCCUUCUUUCGUUCUAACAACAACCUAAAUUUAGAGAAUAAUAUAAAGUUCCUCUCCUCAGUUGGAUUGACUCAUAAAUGCCUUUGUCGAUUGCUAACCAGUGCCCCUCGAACCUUUGCCAAUACUCUUAAGUUGAAUAAACAAAUGAUUGAGUUUUUGCAGCAAGUCUGUUUGUCCUUGGGUCACAACAGUCCCACAGAUUUUGUCAGGAAGAUAAUUUCUAAAAAUCCUUCCAUCUUAAUUCAGAGUACCAAAAGAGUGAACCGUAAUAUUGAAUUUUUACAGUCAACUUUCAACUUAAACAAGGAAGAACUUCUGCUUCUGAUAUGUGGUCCGGGAGCUGGACUUCUAGACCUGUCCAAUGACUAUGCCAAGAAAACGUACAAAAAUAUCAAAGAGAAACUGGGCUCUUUGGGGUGUACUGAUGAAGACAUACAGAAAUUUGUCUUAAGCUAUCCAAAUAUGAUCUUUUUGUCAGAGAAAAAGUUUAAUGAUAAAAUAGAUUUCCUUAUAGAAGAAAAAAUCAGUAUUUCACAAAUAAUUAAAAAUCCUAGGAUUAUGGACUCGAGCAUAAAUACUUUAAAAACUCGAAUCAAAGAAUUGGUACAUGCUGGGUAUGACUUGAGUACAUCAAACAUUGCCCUUUUAUCCUGGUGUCAGAAAAGAUAUAAAGUUAAAUUGGAAAAGCUAAAUGGAUUGAAAAGUGCUGGAGGACUCUUACAGUGUAAUGAUACUUAAUUUUGAAUUUGGCCUUUUCAAAAAGUUUUUUAAAAAAAUAUAAAUCUUUAAAAAACAUGUUUAAGAUUACAUUUAUUUAUUUGCAUGUGUGUGCCUGUGUGAGUGCCAAGGCAGGUAUGUGAGGUCAGAGGACAAGUUUUGGGAGUUGACUCUCCUACCAUGUGGGUCCCAGGGAAUAAAUUUAGAUCAUUAGUCCUGGCAGCAAGUACCUUUCCCCACUGAACAAUCCUACCAUCCUCAGAGUUUUGAAUUUUAACUGCAGAUAAUAUCUAUAAUGAUCCUUUGGAGAUUUUGUUUUAUGAGUUGGUAUGUGCAAGUCCUCCCAGCUACUCCUUCCUGUUGGAAUUAAUGUAGUAUUCCAUUAUAUGGUGUAGGCUGUGAUUGCUGUAGAGUAGGGUGGGUGCUGAGUUCCACAGCAGAACAGCAUGUAGAGAAAUUGUACAGAAUAUGCUUUUGUGGUUUCUGAACAGAAUUUAACAGUCAGCUGAUUUGGGCUGGGGAUAUAACUCAGUUGGAGAAAGCUUGCUCAGCAUGUGGAAGGCCCUGGGUUUGAUCCUCAGCAUAG